AUGCCUCGGCCACACUGGCUGUGCGCUUGCCCAUCGGAGAAGCCAAUCCUGCAGAAUGAUGAAUGCGUAGCGCAGCAGCCCAGAAGAACUGCGACACCUGGAGAAUCGUGCGAUGAGAAUACAGUAUGCACUCAGGAAAGCAGUUGUCAAUCAGGUCAAUGUCGUUGCCAGUACGGAUUCAUCGCUGUAUCCGGACACUGUGUAGCACUUCCAGUACCGACAACUCCCAUAAUGAAGAACGUGGUGCUGGCUAGACCACUGGACAGUUGUCCUCUUGACACAUGUGUUGGAGGUGCAAUGUGCGUUGAUGGUCUAUGUGUGUGCCCGUCGGGUAUGCAUCCGUCUCCACAAGGCCGUUGUAGCGUGCACGCUGCCGAGUUCACUCAUCACCAUACGCAUCAGCCGUUUCAACCACGCUCAUCAUCCCAACCAGUUCCCACGCAUGCUACAACACCAUUGCUAACCUUCGCUAAUACGGCUUCAGAAACCGAUGAAUGCGCUGCGAUUGGCUUGUACUGUCGCAGCAACACUCUGUGCGCUUGCCCAUCGGAGAAGCCAAUCCUGCAGAAUGAUGAAUGCGUAGCGCAGCAGCCCAGAAGAACUGCGACACCUGGAGAAUCGUGCGAUGAGAAUACAGUAUGCACUCAGGAAAGCAGUUGCGAUGAGGACACAGGCGUGUGCAUGUGCCCACCGGGACACAUCGUCUUCGGAGUACAGUGUCAACUGCCACCAUCUUCAUUAGCGGAUUAUAUUUUAGCAACGAAUGAAUGCAAAGAUGACACUAAUUGUGAAGAACAUAAAGUGUGCGUGGUGGGACGAUGUAAGUGCAAACCGGGUUUUGUCGACCACGACGGUGUUUGCAAGCCGCUCGAAGAGAUAGAACUCGGCGAACGUCCUGUACCGGUUUCAUACGCGAAACACAAGGUGGAAAUAUUAUCGCCGGAGCGUAUCGCCGAGCACGACGAAUUCACCGAUGGAUCUUCAUCCCAGAUGGCGACAACACGUACGCCUUCACGACAGGAAACACAACGACCUCGCAUCGUUGGUCCACCAAUCCGGCGACCAAGGCCAAAACCGAAAGCAACGUCAUCCGGGUCUGGUGGGCCCGGUAACUAUAAGUCCGGCUCGUCGGGAAGUGGUAACUGCCCGCCUGGCAACGAAGCAACCCGGGAUGAUAGUGGCCGUCUGAUUAUGUGCAAUGGAUUCGAACCAAACUGUCCCCCGCGUUCCUACUGCUACAUUACUACCGGUGGAUUCGCUUCUGAAGAGUAUAACUGCUGCAAGUCAUGGUAG